GCAGGCAGCAGCUGUACGGUGGUGGUGUGCGCGAGCGAGACAGAGCGCCCGUGUUUAUGCAGCCAUGGUCAGCGCGUAGAGUGCGCGCCCUCAGUACGGUGGUAUUCGUAUGCAGCAUCGGACGCAGUGUGCCUACACCGUCUCAGCAGCAGCAGCAAAAGCAACACCAGCAGCUAGUGUGAAAAUAGGGAAAGCGCACAGCUCGUCUAUGCUCCGUCUAUGCAUGCAGAGGGCCACCUAUGUUGACACCGUGUAGAGCACGCUUAACUUACCCUUCGUGCUAAGGGCGUGCGAGAGAGAGAGAGAGAGAGCAAGACACAGACACACUCAGCGCCAUCCUGCCUAGGCACAAAAGAUGUCCGAACAGUGAGAAUUCACGACAACAGCCACCACCACCACCACCACCACCACUGCUCCUUUUCCCAGCAACUCCCUUCACCAUCCCUCCCUCUCCCUCCCUAGUCUUUCGUGCGUGUGCGUGGGUGUGAGUGUGUGUUGUCUACGCAGCUCCGGAUCCGGAACGAGUGUGUGCUCGAACGAGGCGGACGCGACUGUCCCGGAAGAAGAACAACUCUCCCUUCCCCCCACAACAACAACAAAAAAAACAGACUUCUUCCGAAUGCAUACGGCGCAGUUACGUAGAGUCUAGUUGUGAUCUCAUCCCCUACAUCGACAACGUCAACUCCCUGCAACACUAGCUGCUAGCAGCGCUAUUGCGAUUUGCUGCGCGCGACCCGAGAGCUUUAGCAUCGUUCGUGAAGGUUCGUCGCUUCCACCAAAACCGGAACAGCUGCCCGCUCCUCCUCCCCCUUUCCACCAAGAAAAAAAAAACACGCACACUUACAAUCAACCCCGACGCGGUACUCGCGGUAAAAAAAAGACACCGGUGCAACCAUGUCGUCCAGCUGCUGCGGCACCAAGAAGCAGAAGCUCAACGGUAACUACUCGUCGGCCAACGGGUACAGCACGACCGGCACGAACAAUGCGGGGCCGCAGCGCAACGGCAUUGCCGACGCGGGCGGCGCUGCCCAGAACAAUCACAACAACUAUCACGGCCGGGGAGGAGGCGCUGCUGGUCAACAGUCCCAGCAGCAGCAGCACCAGCACCAGCAACAUCAACAGCAGUUAUCCUCGUCCUCGUCGUCGUCGUCGUCGUCCUCGUCGGGGUACAACGGCUACAUGGUGAACGGGCACGGCAAUCACCAUCUGUCCCAGCAGCAGUCGUCGAUGAUCGGCUCGAUGCCGGACAUGUGCUUCUACUGCUUCGAGGUGCUGUACCGCGAGCUGCACAACCUCGAGGAACCACGCACGCCGUGCUUUACCAACGAUCCGUUUCCACUGUUCGUGACAUGGAAAAUCGGCAAGGACAAGCGGCUGCGCGGCUGUAUCGGUACCUUCAGCGCAAUGCGUUUACAUUCAGGACUUCGCGAGUAUGCAAUAACAAGUGCUUUAAGAGACUCCCGUUUCUCGCCAAUCACCCGUGAUGAGAUCCAAAGACUGACCGUCUCGGUGUCAAUCCUGCAAGGCUUCGAGGAGGCGCGCGGUUACCUGGACUGGACGCUCGGCAUACACGGCAUCCGCAUCGAGUUCUACAAUGAGCGUGGCUCGAAGCGCACCGCGACCUACCUGCCCCAGGUUGCGACGGAGCAAGGCUGGGACCAAACGCAGACGAUCGAUUCGCUGCUGCGGAAGGGCGGCUACCGGGCCCAGAUCACGCCCGAGACGCGCCGCUCGAUCAAGCUGACCCGCUACACCUCGCAGGAGUGCCAGAUGUCGUACAGCGAGUAUCGCGAGCUGCUCGAGAAGCAAUCUCACUACCACGGCCAGCUGUGUAAGAUGCAGUGCUAACGGCAUCGCCCGACCGGCGGCACCGCGGCGACCGCCCCACGCCCUUGCCAUCGCUGCCCAACCUCCUCCUCUUCCUCCCCGUCCCUGUCUCUGCUGGCUGCUGCGGCCUCCUUCGACCUGCCCCCGCUUCCCGGCGCGUAUGGCAAGCCGUGCCGGUACUCACCGCUCUAUCCGCGCUUCGUGACGCUACUCUUAAUACGCAUUAUCACAUUUGUUUUAGGAUAGGCCAUUUGCUUUAAAGAAAAAACAAACAAUCACACGGCGCACGGCAUUUGCGGUAUCGCAUCUUUAUGCAAUAACCUGUUGCAGCCGUUGCCGUGUGCUGCCCGAAUGAAACCCUGCGCUACCAGCGCUAAGAAACACACAGACACACACACACACACACGAGGAUGGACGAAAGCGGAAGAAACUCGAAAAAUCUUAUUACACGUUAAAAUUAAAAUUACUAAACACUCUCUCCCAUACACACAGACACUAACAACCAUGGGGUUUGGAGCGUGGAAUAUACCUAGACUAUAUUAUUGUUUAGCUUUAGGUUGCGCUGUGUGUGUUUUGCUGUGUUUCCGCGUUUGCGUUUCGUUUUCACAGUUUGUUUUUCGCCCCCUUCCUGCGGUAUCUCUAAAACCUUCUUAACGUGCGUCUCGUUACGCUCUUGGCGGCGUUAGCAAAUAGGGUUUGCUUUCUUUUCUUUCUUCUCUCACUACUGUUUCGUUGCACAACGAACUAAUUAGUUUCCAACUAUCAACAGCGUGUCGUGAGGCAUACGCGUGCGGGAAGCAUGCACUGCGACCGCCAAGAGCUAAUGGGGGCAGCAGAUGGUUUGUUAAUGUUAGUACAGUUUAAUAAUGAUAUAGUUUGUUUGUUUUUUUUGCUUUCCUUACAAUCCCUUCGUCCCUAGCUGUUAAGGUAUGGUGAGCGGAGGUGCGAGUCAAGCAUUCGCAUCGCAACGCGUCAUUGUAACCCGUUCAGAGAUAAUGAGUGGGCGAGAAGAGACGAAUAACAGAUUAAAAAAACACACACACACUACCACUCCCAUUACUGCUACAGCAACAAUACGCCAAACACUGCAGGGGCUGCGAGAGCAGGAUAGUAAUGCACUCGCAACAACAACAAACAACCCCCCCACCCCUCCCCCCAAACAGAAGCCAGUGAUGCAAAUCAAGGUGCAAGAAGCGCAAAAGAUGGGGGAGGGCAUUCGCACACUAAUACGGGCAGGUUUUGUUUGUGCGCGCGUGUUUUUGUUGCAUUGAUUUUUAUCUUUCUCUUCAAAACGGGCAGGAGUUUUAGGAGUAGUAACAGCCCAAAAAAACGGGAAAAGCAAAAAUGCAAAAACACACAGCUCCUUUCCCAGCGUGCCGCUGCAUGGCGCAGGCCAAUAUUAAUAACUCAAGAAAUAACCAUAUUUAGUACAGGACACGGAAGAGAAGACCGAAAGCAGAAGCUAAACGGUUGAGCUAAACAAAAUAACAAAUACAAACAAAUGCAAUGAAAUGUUGAACCAAGAGAGAGAGAAAAGGAGAGCGCGAGAGAGAGAACAAGAGAGAGAGGGAAAACGAAAACAAUGAAAAGAAGGGGAAAACACGAAGCAAAACAACAACAAAAAGAUGUUAUACUAUAUAUUAGACAUAUGUUUAUAUUUUUUCCUCUGAUAGGAUGCGAUACACUUUAAACACGAAGAAGAAGAAGAAGAAGAAGAAGAAGAAGAAAACAGAUUGUAAGAGAAAGCACAGGAAAGAGAUAGAGAGAGAGCGAGAAAGGGGAAAACAUGCAGGUGAUAAUGUGAUUGCACUUCACUGCCACAUUACUUUAACAUAAGCAAACAGCGGAAGGGAGAAGAUUACGUGAGAGGAAAAGGCUACUAAAGCAUAGCACACCCCUAGCACCCUCUCCAUUCAGCCCACCUUUGCUCUCCCCCCCUCCUCCUCUCGGUUCCACUCAUCCUCCACUGAUUAAAUCCUCCCCAGGAAGAGAUGGUCGCCCGCGUGCCCGCGGAGGCUGCUGCUAAAUGCGCAGCUUUUAGCGAAUCUGAGCCGCUCCCCACACAUACAUACAUCAAGCACGGAGAGAGACAGGAGGGUGUGUUUGUGUGUGUGUGUGUGUGCGAGUGAGUUGUACAAAAUAUGCGCACGUACGUAGUUUUGCAUUGGCAAUACAAAACAAAAAACGGGGGCACGCGGCGCGGGCAGCUUCCGAUGGCUUGCCGAGACCAGAGCGCUUGGAAGGGCAUGGAUGGAAGGAAGGAAGGAAGGAGUAGCGGGGGAGGGGGUGGGUCGCGUUCGGUGCAUGGGGAGAGGGUACGGGGCGCGUUCGCGAGUGGCGUGAAGAAAGAAUUUCCCUGCAAACUCAAAUUCCAAUUCCAAUAUAAACAAAACAAAACAAAAAAAACAGGAGGAGAAAUGGUGUUGUUUUAAUAAAAAUAGAUUCUAAAACCCAA